UCAGGGAUGAUGGUCAGUCUCGAGUGUCUCAGAGAAACUCCUCUUAUCAACAUCAAGCAGCAGCUCUUCACUGAGGCCAGGAAGUACCCGCUCUACCACCUGCUGCAGGAGGAGUCGUGCUACAUCUUUGUUGGCGUGACCCAGGAGGCGGAGAGGGAAGAGUUUUAUGAUGAGACGAGGCGGCUUUGUGACCUCCGACUGUUCCACCCCAUCCUGAAGGUUAUCGAGCCGCUGGGCAACCGAGAGGAGAAGAUCCUGAACCGAGAGAUAGGGUUUGCCAUUGGGAUGCCGGUCUGUGAGUUCGAGAUGAUGAAGGACCCUGAGGUUCAGGACUUCCGCCGCUCCAUACUGAGCGUGUGCAGAGAGGCCAUGGAGGAGAGAGAGGGGGGAGGGGCCCACAGCCAGGCGCUCUACGUGUACCCGCCCAACGUGGAGUCCAGCCCCCAGCUCCCCCCCCACAUCUGCAGCAAGCUUGACAAAGGGAGGUUGAUCGUGACCAUCUGGGUUAUCGUGUCUCCGUCCAACUCCAAACAGAAAUACACGCUGAAGGUGAGUCAUGACAGUUUACCUGAGCAGCUCAUAGCAGAGUCUAUCAGGAAGAAGAGCCGAUCCAUGCACCUGUCACCUCAGCAACUCCGCCUCUGUGUCCAGGAGUACCAGGGACAGUACAUCCUCAAGGUGUGUGGCUGUGACGAGUACCUGUUGGAGAAGUAUCCUCUCAGUCAGUACAAGUACAUCCGCUCCUGUAUCAUCGUGGGUCGUCUUCCUCACCUGAUGCUGGUCUCUAAGGACAGUCUCUACUCUCAGCUUCCUGCCUCUGGCUUUGUCACGCCUUCGUACAGUCGGAGGACUCCUCAGCCGUCUCCCUGUCCAGGAGGAGGUGAUGGUUCUCCUCCCCGCUCCCUGUGGGCCUUCAACACUCUGCUGAGGGUCCGCCUGCUCUGUGCCACCUACGUCAACGUCAACAUCAGAGACAUUGACAAGGUUUGUCUCUGGGUGUCCUUGGUCUGUCCUUACGUCUGUUCUCGUGAGACAUCUUCAGUCUAGGUGUGUGCUGUUCAGAGUCCCUGUGUAGACAAGAGGAAGUGUCCCUGCUCUGUCCCUUUAUGGGAGACACUUGUCCCCACAUCAUGUUUAAUAAAAGUCACUGUUUAGAUUUUAAUGUAAUGUUUUGUCUCUCUGUGGUGGUUGUAGCUGCCCUUGGCUUUAUGAAACACGCAGAGAGUCUCCUUUACGGGUGCAACAGUGGAUUUUUAUUCUCCGUCCUCACCAUUUACACCGUGAAACUAAAAAGACAAAUACAGUCAAUUAAAUCCUGUUCAUCAUGCAUCAAUACACAAUAUAAAACACAUGCUCCACAUAGCAGCUAAACAAAUUGGUCACUUUACAAACAUUAUUUAAUGAUUUUAAUAAUACAUUUAUCAAGAGUUAAAAUCAUGAACGCACCUCGCUCUGCUCACCAAGGGUGCAAACUUUAUCUAGCGUCCUCUUUUCCUCCUGUCAAUCUGCCAUUUUGGGCACUAUCACUGCCCGACACAAAAUUAAACACCAAUUAACCAGGAGAUUUAACAAACAAUGAAACAACAAAGACAAAUUUCAACAAAGGCACAAA